UCCAAACCAAUCCAAAUUCAGAUAAUUUGGAUGAUUUGGAUAACACAUGCAAGCGGAGUUUGUGCACGGAACUUAUGUUUGCUGUUUGUGUCAUCACUCGUGUGCAACUGUGCAACGCUGUGAUUAGUAAUUUUCGAAGUUUCUGGCUUGGCGUUUGAUAUGAUAUGUGACAACUCUGCUUUGUCGUUUUUGUUGGUUGGAGGUGGUAUGAAGACUGUAGAAGCAAAAGUUGUGGUUCUUGGAUCUCAAGGUGUGGGAAAAAGCAGCAUUGUGACCAGGUAUUCGGAGCGCAAGUUCUCCUCCUACAUGUCCCCUACACUUGGAGCUUCGUUUCAUUCACUAAAAAUCUCUGUUGGGGAUAUGAGCAUCAAGCUACAAAUAUGGGAUACAGCUGGGCAAGAGAGGUUCAGGGCAAUGGCUCCAAUCUAUUAUCGUAAUGCCAAUGCAGCAAUAGUUGUUUAUGAUAUAACAUCAGCGGAGAGCUUUGCAGCUGUGAAGCUGUGGGUGCAAGAAUUGAAGCGAAAUGUGGAAGCAGCCAUUGCAAUUUGUCUAGUGGGCAACAAGUGUGACCUUGCUCCUCAUCGAGCUGUUCCAGUGGAUGAAGCACAGAGAUAUGCACAGUCAAUAAAUGCUCAUUUCUAUGAAUGUUCUGCUCUUGGCAAUCAAGGUAUCGAGGAGAUAUUCCGUGACCUUGCCACACAUCUGGCACAACAAGAUGAGAAAACCACGGCAGAUAAGAACAUAUCACAGAAUCGGGCAUAUACCAGCAAGUCAAACAGUCACACCACAACACAGUCGAGCUCUUGCCACUCUGGGAGUAGGAUAGAUCUCACUAGCUUCAGUUCCAGUGAAAGUUCGUCGUGUGCAUGUUGAGCAGAGUUCACUUUUCCGUGCCAUUUAUCUGUUGAUAUUUGAGGCUGUGGACAUGCAUGAAAAAUCAAGCAUACUCAUGCAUGCAUGUGUACAGUGAAACAACAGUACAUUUUGGAACUGUUGUAAUCAAAUCAAGGACGCACGUACCGUGAACUCUUUUCUUUCUUUUUCUUUUUUUAACUUUCCAUGUUCUAACAAGCUUUUAAGGUUUUUGCAUCAUUCAGUAUGCAAGGUACAAUUAUAAUUAGAGUUCCUCGACUUGUUAGCUUCCAAUGUCAGAAUGGUCUAGAAAUGUCUAUGAUGCCACAAGUUUUUCAUUUAUUUUGGGGCUUUUUGGAAUGUUUGGGAAAAAUAUCCCAACAAUCAACCACAUUUUACAUGGGAAAAUUACGAGUGCAGUUGUCAAGAAAUAAUAAUGCUGAGGUCCCAUGACACCCAUGCUCUGCUUGUCUUGCAGAAUGUGUAAAAAUAUGAUGGGGUUUGAUGCAUCAUAAUAUGCAUGGCUGUGUGACAUGAAAUGCACAUUCAUGCAAAUCAGAGCUUUUAAUUGCUAACUGCAGUUGUGUCAGGGGUGGAUACAGGAUUUUUCUGAGGCAAGGGGUUCAGUAUAGGAUAGUAUGCUACAUACACUGCCUAAGAUCAAGUGGAGCACUGAGUGACAACAGUGUCGGACAUUCCAUCUAGAUCUGCCUCUGACUUGUGGUAUUAAUUGAAUCGUAGAGUCAUCUCCAGCCUGAAAACAGCAUUGCUAGUGCUUUUUUUUUUUUCUACGUACUAUUUGGCCAACAGAAGACCACGUAUUGUUCGUAAUGUGGAACACCUCAUUUCUUUCUUUGGCCAACAGUUGCCCUUGUGCCAUACAAAACAAAAGAAACAUCAUUCCUUCAUGUCACUCUUAUGUAUGAUAAGAGCAAAUUGUUACAAUAAGAAAAUGGUACAAAAAUUUCUACAAAGUUCUCCAGUGUACCCAACAUGUUGUUCUUAGGUUGAAUGAGAUAAAAUAUAAAGAAUUAUGUGCGAAAAAUAUGCACAUUUGAUUGAUGGGCCCCAGCAUGAUGCAUAAAUGUCACUUUGUCAAGGGAAGUUUUGGAGACAGCUUAUAGGAGUUAACAGCAAUCGUGGGAACCUUGGUUAUGAUACAGCCAUCAUUAAGCUAUGUAACAUGAUGACAUGAGCGCGUCUGAGGUCAUUCAUCAUGUAUUGGAUAGAUUAACAUUUUCUCAGUGUGCCUACCAGGUGCACUUUUAUGCCAUACUCUUACCUGUCUGAGCUGCAGUUGCUGAAUUUGAUGACAAACAUUCUUUUUAAAUGCAUUUCUGGCUUAGACGCACAAUUGAAUGACUGGAUGCAACACCAAUGCAAGGCAGUUUUUUUCUAUUUGGGCAUUUUAUCUUGUACAGCUUCAUUGUUAUUGUAGUACUAGUAAUAACACAUGUGAAAACGACUUUGAUGUUAAAAUAUGGGGGAAAUGCUGAAACUUAGGCAGAGAGAUACCAAAGUAGCAUUAGCAUGUUCCCCUGACUGAAAUAAGGGAGUAACAUUAUACAUAUGUGAUAACAUUAGUGUAAUUAUUAGCUGUCACAAUCUUCACACAUUCCUACCAAUAUAUCAAAUGCAUGCUUGUGAGAAAGCACUCUUUUUCUUAUGCAUGCGGUACAGGCAUUUAGCAUUCUAAUUUAACAAGUAACAUGUCUCAUGUCAAUAUGUUGAAUUUAUAGAUUUGAAAAUAUCUAUCUAGUAUUGCAUUUUGCUACAAGUUGUGCUGUCACCAUAUGCAUUCUUGCAUCUUGAUAACUUCGGCAGUUCAGAUUCACAAGCAUUUACUGUCAGAUCUUCCCCCAUGGAGUAAAGAAGAUUGUGUAUAGAGCUAUUGCGAUAGAGCAAAAGUAUCACACUAUGAUCCUAACAACACAUAAGUUAGUGAAGUGCAAUGGGCACCUUAGUAACUGUUUCAGCACGGCAGUUGCAGACAUCACUGUUUAAGCAGCCUUAAAACUGUUCUUAAAUUCCUUCUUUCUUUUUUUGUGAGCUUGAAGUUAUUUUUAUUGUGCCAUUAUUGCAUAUGCCUAUUUUGUUGUGAAAAUGCCAUGAUGUGUUAGCUUGCAGCUGCAAGAAGCAAAUCGACAUUGUUCCACAUUGUACAACCUCUGCUGCUCACAUGAGAUAAGCAUGUUACUUUUGUUGUCAAGAUGCUUAUGUAAAUGCAGCGUGUUUCUGCAUCCAAAGCAAGAUUUUAGCUGUAACUUUGAUGCACAAUUAUGUUGAACCACUAGGGUCAUAUUAGUUGAAAUAUUCUCCUACUUCAUGCAUGAUUGAGCUUGCACUGAUAAGGUUUGCGAGUUUUUAGCAUACAUCUUGUACCUUUGAAGUGUGUAUGGCACAAAUUAUAUUAUUCUCAAGUUCAUGCAACAGCUCUCAUGGCAGGUUUUGUAGUUUAUUCUUCUUGUCUUUUCUAAAUCAUUUAGUAUUAACUUAAAGCUUCUGCUGAACUUUAUUGAAUGCCUGCAUUUUAACGUAAUUUACCUGCAGUUUGCUAAAAAAAAUGCAUUAUAGCAUAUACUGCAUACGAAGAUGUUAGGUGGUAUCUCAGGCGUGAAUGUAAUCACAGAAAUAGUAACUAGAUAACAUGCACAACACUUACCUAACAAUGCUUCACAUAUGUGGGUCAAGUAGGUGGACUGGCUGGUCAUUCAAAUGUCAAAUGUGUUGUCAAAUGCUGUUAGUCUCAUUUUCAGAAAAGGGCCCUUCUCUUUUCCAUACUGCCAAAUGUACAGAUAAUAUAUAUAUAAAAGUGUCUUAGAAGAACCUUAACUAGCUGUGGCAAACAUAAGGAUAUAUUUGUAAAUCAAACUGUGUAUAAUUUUUUGCAGAGAGGCAGCUGAAUUUCUCAUAAAUGAAGCUGCACAUGUGCCAUUACAUAAGGCUUAUAUGCAAAAUAUUUGCUUACUCAUGGGGCCAUUUAUUUGUAUUUUCAGUCACAUGCAUUAAAGAUCUCAUAGUUA